AUGGUCGAGACAGUAGAAGAAAAGGAAAUCAAACGCGUCAGACGUCUUAUUACUAGAGCUGACACAAAGCGCACUAUUGCCGUCAAGAAAAUUCGUUCAAUUAACAGCCUCGCUAGACGCGCUAAAGAUGAUCCUAGUCUUAUGGAUGAACUGCAUGUAGCGGCUUCGACGCUGGAUGAUUUGUGGAAACAAUUCGAAGCAGCGGACAAUGAUGUGUUAGACAGUAUGUUGGAAAUAAAUGCCGAAAAUGAAUAUUCGGCCGAAUUGCCAGCCGAAGUGCCCUCUAUUAUCAAUGCCACAACGGCAAUCGCCAUGCAGGGCAAUUUCAAUAAUUUCAAGAAUGCUAAGGGUGCCCCAGGUGAACCAAAACAAGUCAGCGACGCAUCAUUUAAGCCAUCAUCUAGAUUACCUGAAAUCCCGUUACCGUCGUUCAAUGGUGAUUUUAAUUACUGGCCGACGUUCCGCGAUCGGUUCUCCGCUCUUGUUGGCGAUAGGACUGACAUACCGAAAAUUGAUAAAAUGCAACAUUUGAUCGGAUGUUUGCAAGGUCCUGCAGCUGAUGCCAUUCGCAAUAUUACCCGUGUCUACUGA